GGAAGAUAUACGAGUUUGGGUUGGGCAUGGUCUAGCAUCACUAGGCCAUUGCCUAUGCCGCUUUAUUAUUAGUUUUCCGAUCAAAACUUUCACCCCAUAAAAAAUUAAAAAAAAAAAAAAAAAUUGGAAGAGACGUAUAUCAAGAUGAAUUGGUGGAUUGUGGUGAUGUUGUAUGCAUUGGCGGCUGCCAUCCCCGUGGUGAUGGGCCAGAUGGAGGACAUCAACAACACGGACAUCUAUUGGGUGACGCGCAAGGAGGAAGCUAUGCGAUAUGCGAAGAGAGCCUAUAAUCCGAAUCCCGAAUUGGUUACCCGUCAAUUGACCCAACACAUCAGUAAGAUGAUGAAUGAAACAAGGAUAUUGGAGGACGAGGACGAUGAUGAAUUGGUGGAUGAACACAACAGUACGAGGAGGAGCCUGGGAUCCAAGAAGUACAAGGGUCCAUGCAAGGCCACAAACCCUAUUGACCGUUGCUGGAGGUGCGACCGCAACUGGGCUAAACACCGAAAGAGGCUGGCAAGCUGCGCUCUAGGCUUCGGCGCCGGAACAACCGGAGGAAAGAAAGGACGGUUCUACGUGGUGACGGACCCGUCCGACAAAGACGUGCAGGAGCCGAAGCCGGGAACCCUCCGCCACGCGGUGAUCCAGACCGGCCCGCUGUGGAUCACGUUCGCCAAAAGCAUGACCAUAAGGCUGAAGAACGAACUGCUAGUGACGAGCGACAAGACCAUCGACGGGCGCGGCGCGCAUGUCCGCAUCACCAGUGGUGCGGGCAUGACGUUGCAGUUCGUUAAGAACAUCAUCAUAACCAACUUAAAAAUCAAGAACAUAAAACCCACCUCGGGGGGCAUCGUUAGAGACUCCGUAUCUCACAAAGGCCUCCGGACCUUCGAUGAAGGAGAUGGCAUCACCAUCUUCGGAUCCUCCCACGUUUGGAUCGACCAUGUGUCCAUGUCCAAGUGCGAUGACGGAAUCAUCGACGCGGUUCAGGGCUCCACGGCAGUAACCAUCUCCAACUGCCACUUCACCGACCACCACAAGGUGUUACUCUUCGGGGCAAACAACUGGGACCCAGUGGACAAGAUCAUGCAAAUAACAGUAGCCUUCAACCACUUCGGGAAACGGCUGGAGCAGAGGAUGCCGCGGUGCAGGUGGGGGAUGUUCCACAUAGUCAACAACGAUUACACGUACUGGGAGAUGUACGCAGUUGGGGGGUCAGCGGGGUCCACCAUCAUUAGCCAGGGGAACCGCUACAUCGCCCCGCCGAAUAUGCAUUUCAAGGAGGUAACCCACAGGGACUGGCCCGACGAUUCCUGGAAGAAAUGGACGUGGGUGUCGGAUGCGGAUGUGUUCAUGAACGGCGCUUUCUUUAGGGCGUCGGGAGAUAAGAAAGGCGCUCAAAAGUACGGCCACCUCGACCUCGUCAAUCCACUACCUGGGAAAGCUGUCGGCAAAAUCACUAAGUUCUCUGGUAUUCUUCCAUGCAAGAUUGGGAAACCGUGCUGAAAACAUAUGUAUGCAUGCAUGUAACAGUAGUCGUCGUUGUUGAAUCCAUCGUUACUAUAUAUAUAUAUAUAGUUCGAUGGGUGAUGGGGAUUCAAAUAAAUGUUUUUAUUUUGUUUUUUCUGAGAAUAAUUAAUAAUAAUUUAUCUUGGCUGUGCCUGUGUGAUUAAAAA